AUGGUGGAGAAGAAGGUUUUGGCUUUGGUUAUGUUUGUUAUGGCUUAUGGUUUGGCCAUAACAAGUUGGAGUGAAGGUCAAAUGCCUGCUACAUGUGAUGAGUAUAAUCCAAUGUUUCUCCCUUGUGUGCCUUAUUUGGUUAAUCCAGACUUUUCCGCUCCAACGUCAAGAUGUUGUGCUGGAGCUUCUCGACAGCUUACAAAAGGAAACAAUCCCGCAGCCUUGAAAAAACUUUGCACUUGUCUGGAUGCCUCUACAGCUAAUUUAGGAUUUUUCCCUCAAAAGCUAAUACAACUCCCAAAAAUGUGCACUAUCAAGCUUUCAUUUUCUAUUGAAAAGUGUGUAUAUGGUUAA